GGCAUGAGGCUGGAACACAGCUCCAAGCCAGGUACCAGCGUCUCAAGCAAGGGCACCAUCAAAGUGGUGGAAGGAAGCAUAAUCCACCUCCGGCUCUAUGGGCAGGGUAUUGACUCUCGUAUUGGGAAGAUGACGCACUUUGUGGCGGUCCCGUCCGAUGCCAGCAGCCUUAACACCAGCUGCUCUGAAGACAACCAAGACCUGCACGUCUUACCCUCCAUUCUUGCCUUACGAGAUACUUCUGCCGUUCUAGUCGUAGAGGUCAAGGCCCUGCGGAAGAACACCCACGGCAAUAAGUAUAUGAUGUGCAUAAAGCGCGAGAAUGGGCAGCAGCUCCUGUCUGAUGAUAUGCUUAUCGAAGUGGUGGAGGACACGGACCAUCACCUGCCCAUGUGGCUUCAUGUCUCCCUCAUUGCCGUCCUCAUAGGGCUUUCAGCGUUGUUCAGCGGCCUCAAUCUGGGCUUGAUGGCGCUGGAUCCCAUGGAGUUGCGCAUCGUGCAGAACUGCGGCACAGAAAACGAGAGGAUCUAUGCUGCUCAGAUUGAGCCCAUCCGCCGGAAGGGCAACUAUUUGUUGUGCUCUUUGCUGCUGGGCAAUGUUUUGGUGAAUGCCAGCCUUACCAUCCUGUUUGAUUCUCUGGUGAACACCAAUUCUAUCUCCAUUGCGGUCUCCACCCUGGGCAUUGUCCUCUUGGGGGAGAUUAUCCCCCAGGCUAUCUGCUCCCGCCAUGGCUUGGCUGUGAGUGCCAACACCCUCCUUAUCACCAGGUUAGUGAUGCUGCUGACGUUCCCAGUCUCUUACCCCAUCAGCAAGAUCCUAGACUGUGUACUUGGUAAGGAAAUGGGCACUGUUUACAAUCGAGAGAAGCUUAUGGAGAUGCUGAAGGUGACCGAGCCCUACAGUGACCUCCUGAAGGAGGAGUUGAAUAUCAUCCAGGGCGCCCUGGAACUGAGGUCCAAGACAGUGGAGCACGUCAUGACUCCAUUAGUCGACUGCUUCUUGCUAAGCCACAAUGCAAUCCUGGACUUUGAUACAAUGAGCGACAUCAUGGAAAGCGGAUACACUCGCAUCCCCGUCUAUAACAAGGAGAGGGCUAACAUUGUUGAUAUGUUGUACAUCAAGGAUCUUGCCUUUGUGGACCCUGAUGACGCCACCCCGCUCAAGACCAUCACCCAGUUUUACAACCACCCCAUCCAUUUUGUCUUGCACGACACCAAACUGGACGCCGUGCUUGCAGAAUUCAAAACCGGUAAAAGUCACCUGGCUGUGGUCCGAAAGAUGAGCGUUGAGAGUGGGCAUGACCCUGUUCACGAAGUAGUGGGAGUGGUCACCCUGGAGGACGUCAUUGAAGAGAUAAUCAAGUGCGAGAUCCUGGAUGAAUCGGAUAUCUACACUGACAACCGCAGCAAGAGACAUGUCAGCAACUGGAGGAAGAGGGACUUCUCUGCCUUCAAGGGCAAUAGUAGUGAAACCAGAGUCAGGAUCUCUCCUCAGCUACUCUUGGCUGCACACCGCUUUCUUUCCACAGCGGUGUCUCCAUUCUCUCCUUCCGUCCUUCCGGAGAAGUUCCUGUUGCGUCUCCUGAAAUACCGUGACGUCAUCUGUGAACUCAAGUUUGAUGAGGAGAACAAGAAGGCUCCCCAGCACUAUUUGUACCAGAGGAACAAGGUGGCUGACUACUUCAUCCUCAUCUUGCAGGGGAGAGUGGAGGUCGAAGCUUGUCAGGAAAACAUGAAGUUUGAGAACGGACCCUUCUCCUACUUCGGCGUCAUGGCCCUGGGUCAAUCUUGCCUGCCUUGCCUAUCAGAUAUACGCAGUGGCAACCUCAGCCACUUGGGCUCAUCAAGUCUUCACGAUCACCAUGCUGCUACCAGCAGUGUCAGCCAGAUCCUGCCUGCCUCCAGUCUCCCAUAUCUGGCAGACUUCACAGUCCACGCCCUCACUGAUCUGACGUAUAUCAAGGCCUGUGCUGGCACCCCCUCUUCUUGCGUCGGGGGCAAGUGCCCCAGCCAGACCCCCUCCGCCCAAGAUCCGGCCCUGGGCCACAAUGGGGGCCCCUACUUCUGCUUGUCAAGUAGGAUGGAUGGCUAG